AUGGCCAGGGAAAACCAAAGCGUAGUGACAGAAUUCAUCUUUGAAGGCCUUUCCUCACAGCCAAGGACACAGGCUGUUCUGUUCAUAGUGUUCCUGGGUCUGUAUCUGUUCACCAUGGUUGGGAACAUCACGAUCAUUACCGUGAUCAGGGCUGAUUGCCAGCUGCACUCACCCAUGUACUUUUUCCUUGCCAACCUGUCCUUCGUAGAUAUCUGCUACAUCUCCAGCAACAUCCCCCAAAUGCUGGUGAACCUCUUGGCCAAGAAGAAGACCAUCUCCUUCUCUGGAUGCGGCGCUCAGAUGUAUUUCUGUCUGGCUUUUGGCAUGACAGAGUGUGUCCUGCUUGGUGUCAUGGCCUAUGAUCGAUACAUGGCGAUCUGUCACCCCUUGCGCUACACCGCUGUCAUGAACAGGAAGCUGUGCACUCAGAUGGUGGUGGCUUCCUGGGCCAGCAGCCUGCUGAGCUCCAUGGUCAUCAACAUCCUCACCUUGCGGCUGCCCUUCUGCGGGCCUGACACCUUGAACCACUACUUCUGUGAAGUGCCAGCGGUGUUGGCCUUGGCCUGCACCGACACUGCCCUCACGGGGUUGGUCGUCUUCAUCUUCAGCAUCCUCAUACUCUUCAUCCCCUUUCUUCUGAUCAUCACCUCCUAUGCCCAUAUCCUUUCCACCAUCUUGAAGAUUCAGUCUGCUCGUGCGCAAUCCAAGGCCUUCUCCACCUGUGGAUCCCACCUGAUGGUGGUGACCGUGUUCUACGGGACAGCCAUCUGCAUGUACAUGAAUCCCAAGUCAAGGCGUCCGCAGGACAGGGACAAAGUGGUUGCGGUGUUUUACACCAUUGUCACCCCAGUGCUGAACCCCCUCAUCUACAGCCUCAGGAGCAAGGACAUGAAGCGUGCCCUCAGAAGGGCGAUGAGUAGACCCAAAUCCCUCUUUAUUUAA